AUGAACGACAAACAGAAUGUAGGCGGCAUCAGCAGCGAGGACAUAACUGAAGAAUCUGCCCAGAAUAAAACAAACCAUAUCCUGUUCCUUGAUUCGGACAUUCAGAACCAGCUGCUUGCCCCUUCCGGAUGUCUUGCCCAGUAUGCUGGACUCCUGCGUCGAGGGUGGGUUCAUAUGAGCUUUGCCAUCAGCUUGAACAACCCUGAGCAGGGUGUCUUCCGAGUAUACAUGCUUCCAGAUGAUAUCGACAACCGGAGAAUUCCACGUUCAGAUUCUUCUCUCCGCAAAGCCAGACUCAACUUGCUCGGACAACUCGAUUUCUCGAGAGCCACCUGGGAAGGUGAGGUUUCAGGAACUCGAUAUCCUGAUUCUGUUAACUUUGACCCGGAAGAGAGUCGGAAGAAUGGAGAACAUCUGUCUCUUUUGCAUAUGUUUAACAACAUACCGUCUCCCAAUCCUACACCCGAGGAAAUACCCGAUCUUGAUGCUCGUGAAGCGGCCUAUAGAAUCAUGGACGGUGGCAUUUUCGGUCUCAAGACGACCCUCUACACAUACCAGCGCCGAUCUGCCGCUAUGAUGCUUCAGCGAGAAGUUCAGCAAGAACAAGUUAUCGAUCCUCGUCUAGUCAAAGUCGUUGACCAACUUGGAAACCCCUACUACUAUGAUGCUGUCACCGGUACGGGACUGAAAGCGCCAAGGUACUACGACAGACCAUGUGGUGGCAUUCUUGCUGAGGAGAUGGGUGCUGGGAAGACACUUAUAUGCUUGGCACUCAUCCUUGCUACUCGGCAUAUUCCAUCCAAGGUUCCUGAUUGUCUCUGGACGGAUAGGCUGAUUGUUCGUCGCCGUAUCGGCACUCUUCUGGACAUGGCUGCGGCAUGCCUCACCCGGAACUCGGUGCCUUGGAGGAAUGUGUUUGGUGCCCUCGACCCAGAUGGCAUUGAAUAUCCCAAUUGCGUCGAAGCCAUACGUAGAAACAAAGCUUGGUACGAAUUGCCACCUGCUGAUCGUCGCCGAACAAGUCGUCAGCCGUCUAGUUUACCAUCACCAAGGAAAAUCUACUUGAGCCAUACUUCCCUUGUGAUCGUGCCACCCAAUCUCAUUCAGCAGUGGAAGCAAGAAAUUUCAAAACAUACGUUCGGUCUCAAGAUCAUCAUUUUGGACAACAGCAGAAAGCAUGAGCUUCCACCUCUCGAGGAACUCAUUGAGUAUGACAUUGUGUUGUUCUCAUCCACUAGGUUUGAGAGGAUGUGUGAGAACAUCGACUUCGAUGUGAUCAGCGGCCAUGUCCUCAACCACCCCAUUGCAAGCAUCCGAUUUAAACGCUGCAUUGUCGACGAAGGCCAUAAAUUAGGGAAUUCCACGCCAAAAAGGAAGAGCAAUAUCCAUCUGCUAGUUGAUCACCUUCAGAUAGAAGCCAAGUGGAUCGUCACCGGAACUCCCUCCAAGGGUCUCUUUGGAGUCCGUGAGGGCGUUACCUCCCAGGCUAGUAAUGGCUCCACCGAAUACUUACAGACGUCUCCUGAUCUGGAGCGGGACGAUCUUAAGCGCAUCGGCUCGAUGGCAACUCUCUACCUGCAAAUGCGUCCCUGGGCAAAUCUCCCUACCGAAGCUGGAGACACGCCCGCAGACUGGUCUGCCUAUGUCAUGCAACCUCGACACUCACCGCGGAGCAAUGGGCGUGCCAACUGUUUGAAAUCUACGCUGCACUCUCUGAUUAUUCGCCAUCAACUGUCCGAGGUUGGGGAGCUGUUCCCGACUGUUGACGAGAAGAUUGUGGUGCUCGAUGGUUCCUACCAAGAUCGCUUGGCGCUUAACCUGUUUGCCAUGAUGAUCAUCUUCAACUCUGUCCAGUCACAGAGGACAGAUCAGGACUAUUUCUUCCAUCCAAGACAGCGCAAGGCCUUGAUUGAACUGGUUUCCAACCUCAGGCAGGCGAGUUUUUUUGGGGGUUCCUUCUUCUCCUCAGAGGAGAUCCAAAAAGCUGUCGAAACGGCAGAAGAGUUCUUGAAAGAGGGGAAGGUCCCUAUCAGCGCUGAAGAUGAAGUACUGCUGCGCGACGCCAUUCAGCUCGGAAAGCUGGCAUUGAGAAAUGAUAUCAAGAGAUGCGCGAACUUGUUCAGAGAAGUCCCUCUCUAUGUCCAAAACUUCCCCUGGAAUGCGGGGAAAGAGUGGUCAUUGAACUUGAAAGACGGUGAUCUAGUCUGUACAGAUUCACGAAUCAUCUUGGCUCUGCAAAAGUUCCUAUACCCUCUAGCUGAGUCGCCUAAUGCUUUGCAAAUCCUGUUCAAAACCGGCAAGCUUGCCGCACGCGGCCUCGAGGAAAGGCAAAAGUGGAUCAAAGACCAGACUUCAAAAGCCUCACCAAAUGGGCACAAUAAAGAUCAAAACAUGACUCUUGCCGGUAAUACUCCCGUCGGCCAGGACAGCAAUAGCCCGAUGAGGCGACGUUCUGUGAUCUUGGUUAAGGAAGGUGCUGAAGGGCAGGGGACCCCUCUGGAGGUUCCUGAGGCCGAAAUAGCCUCAGUCCUUGCUACCACACAAUUAGUUUCGACAGCGUCUGCAAAGCUCUCGUACUUGAUUGACCAGAUUGCCAAGCACCAAGAGCACGAGCAGAUCAUCGUUUUCUAUGAAAACGAUAACGUGGCGUACUAUCUGGCGGGCGUUCUCGAAAUCCUUCAAAUCCAUCAUCUCAUCUACGCAAAAGGACUGAGCCCAGAACGAAGGGCCCGGUAUGUCGCGACCUUCAACACCAAUCCAAAGUUCCGGGUUCUCCUAAUGGACAUAACCCAAGCAGCCUUUGGCCUGGACAUGCGCUCCGCUUCACGCAUUUACUUCAUCAACCCCGUCCUCAAUCCGCAGGUCGAAGCUCAGGCAAUUGGGCGCACGCGGCGCAUCAGUCAGCAAAAACCCGUCACCGUCGAGACACUCGUGCUGAGGGGCAGCGUGGAGGAAGUGAUCGUUUGCCGGCGCAAGGAGAUGACGCAGGCCGAGCAGUGGCGGUGCAAAAGUAUACUGGAUGAUAAGCCGAUCUAUGAGUGGAUAUUGAAUGUGAAGAUAUUGGAGAUGCCAGGUUUAAGGGAGGGUGAGAGUGAAAGCAGGUCAGAAGAGCAGAUGGCCUGGCUGGAAAGGCCGUUGCUUUUGUUUAGAAAAGGGUUUGGAAGGGGGUUGAGCAUCCGGAUCAGGAUCUGGUUGCUUUGA